AUGUACACAGCUGCUGAAUCCAGUGUCUCCAAGCAGUUUAUUGAUGCCGUCAAACACUUCUUGGACGAGGCAACAGAUCGUGAACUAGAAGUAUUGGCAUCUCGUCUACAGCCCUACAGAAUUGACGGUCAUUCAAGCAACUCCAGUACAAGCCACCCCGUCCUCAUCCUUAAUGACAUAGGAUUUUCGGACCGGCUUCUACCAACUGUUCCAAUCACCAACUUUGACACGGAACAAACCACACACACCGUACCCGAUAGGGUUUCUGGAUACAUCGAUGGAUAUAGCCAAGUUCCGCUCCAGGAGGGCAGCUCGACUGGAGUCCACCAUAGCAUUUUGGACACUGAACGACUUGGCCAUCUACAGAGCCUUAUGUCUAGUGUGCAUGAAAGCGGUAUGGGAGCCUCAAGUGGAAUGAAUCUCUCUGAGGGACCAGCUGAUGAGCAUAAUGUGCCUUUUCCAACGAACAGUGAAAGCUGCGCCACUAUAAAUUUGGAUUCGCCCUUACUCCCACAAAGUGACUUCGCAAGCCGUCUUCCUUUCCAGUCAAUCCCAACUCCUCCAGAUAGUUGUUCCCAGUCUGCCGUUAUGGCGCCUGCCGACAAAGUGAUGUCCGACCCAAAUUUUGGUCCUUUCCUUGAUACCAACGAUAUCCCAUCAACACAAAGCCUGUUUGAGAAUAUAUCCUGCCUUACGCCGAUAUCGGAUUCCCAUAAUCCAGCCAAGGAAGCCUUCGACUCGGCAAAAGCUAUGUGCACUGGGUCACUGCCGCCCCGCAUGCACUCAGUUGUGGUAUCUGCGGUUCGGGAAUGCGUCCGUCCUGACUACAGACAAUACAUGGUGGAACAAGUACCACGAUGGGCGGAAAGGGGUCUGUGGCACCAAGAACAACGUCUGGUUCCUGCUGGAAGCACCGCUAGCUACGAUGGUUUGAUUCGACUUUACUAUUACGUCUGCCAACUCGAUCAGCAGAUGGCGGAUGACGAUAUUCGUAAACGCGCGAGCUUGGUUCUCCUCCAUCAUCAGUAUGAAGAGCUAUCCAGUCACAAGGCCUCUAUUGAAGAUUUUGAUGGCCGGUCCGGAUUGACUGGGCCUGGUAGGGGCCACGCGUCGGUUGCAGUGGACAGGCUUCUGUCCAACAUAUAUCCCGAGUGGAACACAUGCCACGCAAAGCAUAAAACGGCUCUUCGAACCACUUUCCAUAACCGUAAACGUGUGCAGGACGAAUACUAA